AUGUAUCACGUCUUCGAGCGAAUGAAAGUAUUGGGCAACGAGAGUCUCGAGGAGCGGGACAGGAAGCACGCGGUGCAUAAGGAGCAGCUGUUCCGGGAGCAGAGGUUCCUGAGGCGCAGACUCGAGCAGCUGACGGGUCAGCCGGGCCUCCACGGGCUGAGCUCGAGCGCCCCCGUGACGUCCUCGUGUGGCACGGCGGCGGCCGCGGCGGCCCUCCUCUCCAAGAGGCGCAGCGUCUCGGAGUGCUCGGUCGGUACCGCCUCCUCGACCAGCUCCACCGGCAGCUCCAGGAACUCCGAUAGGUCUGCAGGCAGUCCCUCUGUCUCGGAGUCCGAUGAAGUCGACGUGAUUGGAUACACGAGCAAUCAAUCGGACACCGAUGACCAUAGCAGUGUGCAAAGCAGCAGCGACAGCGGCGUUGCAAUGUCCACCUCCAGGCUAACCCUUUCCGAGAUGAUGGACAAUCUUUAGACCCGAAGACGGCGCGGAGGUGGUGGCAAGUGGGAACAGUGCACCUUAAAGCGUGGGAGAUUAAGGAAGAGGACGCAGGGAAGCAACGACAACAGCAUUAUCCAGUAACCAAUAGAAGAUCUCGAAAUGAAAGGAGAGGAGCGAAGACGAUGACUAUGAUGGGACGAGCGCAAGGGGCUUCGACGACAAAAAGUACAAGCAUCUGCACAUGUGCGUACGCUCACAAUUCGCAAAUUGCGUUCAAUCCUUUAUCGCGCCCAAGGAGUCCAGCAGCGUCGAUAAAACGAAAUGUGAGAAGAGGGAAGGGCAUUUAGACGAACGCCCGUCGCAGUGAUGAAGGAGAAAUAUCAUCGGCCACCUUAGCGAUUGAUUAAAGCGAAAGAAAGAAAGAGUGAGAGGGAAGAAGGAAACGGGAAUCCUUUUUAAGCGCGAGCGAGAGAGA